GACGCGGCAUAUUUGCAAAGAGUUCAAUUUCCAAGGGUGAAUUUGUGGUUGAGUAUAAAGGGGAUAUGAUAAAUGAUGCAGAGUCCCAGAGAAGAAAAAAACUCUACCACUCGUCAUGUCUUGCCUUCAUGUUCGCGUUCAAUAUUGAUGCCUCAAGAGAUGACGGAUCAUUUGGGAGGCUAAUAAAUGACGAACAUAGACGGCCAAACUGUAGAAUGAAAAAAAUCGAUGUCAAUGGAAACCCGCACCUUUGUCUGUUUGCAUUAAAUGACAUUAAAGAAGGAGAGGAAAUUACUUAUGAUUAUGGAGGGGAAGACUGUCCUUGGAGAACA